GCUACACAGAUGGGCAUCAUGGAUGCUCAGAGUAAAUGCUCGGACUGACUGUGUAUCCAGGAGCAGGACCCCUCCGGUAGACAGCAGCCUCCCCAUGGAUCUCCUCAGCACCUUUUAAACUCGGAGUUGGGGGAGGUCGUGCCCCCCUCCAUGCGGAGAUGCUAAGAUUUCCUGCUUCCUAAAGGGAGCUGUUUUCUCUCAGACCCUGGAUAAGACACUGACAGAAAACUUGAAUGCCAAAAGAACAGGGGCAUUGUGUGGAACGGCCUGUCCGUAGCACCUCAAAGAAUGCCAAGGAUAAGAGUAACAGUGCCACUCUGCGGGCAUCCAAGAGUGGCUACUACAUGGAGCCACCUGGAAUGGGUGACAUGAUUGACCACCUGCUGCGCUGUGACUCAGAGAGGGACUCUGAAAAGGAUUCUGGGUACUCAGAUGCUGGCUCAGACUCUGUGCAUACUGAUGUCGACGACCAGCGUAGCAGUGUGAGCGAACCUUACAGGCAAAGCAGCAAAAGCUCCAACAACAACCAUGUGAACGGUGCAGUCCACAACAUGCCUCCUUAUGAGGAGCUUCCUCCUAUUUACGUCAUCAAAAACUUGAUAGUUAAGCCGUCUAGACCAGAACCGUUUCUGCAUGGUCCCCUGGCAUUGGGUGGAGGAUGGCACAGCCUCACCAGCACCCAAGCACCCACCCAGCUUCUACUGAUCCAACAACCAGCAAUGCCUGCUUCCUCCACUUCUACCCCGUCAUCCAGUCAAGCUGCCCCUCAAGCUCAAAUUAAGACGGGAGGCAGCCGCCACAACCAGAACCACGGCAGUAAGAACUCAUACCUGCCCAUCCUGAAUUCUUAUGCUCGCAUUGCCCCCCACCCCAGGAAGGAGAGUCAUAAGGGCAAGGGUAGAAAAUGGGUGGAGGGGUUGGAGGAGGCUGGGGGGGAAGGCCAGAGCCAGAGCAAGAGAGUGUGCACCGAGGAUGAAAAGAGGGAAGCUGUAUCUACCACCCACCACCUCCUGAAGCCACAGCAGCAGUGCCAAAAAGAGGGCAGAUUCCAUUCCUAUUUCCAGUAUAAAGACAGAGGAGGACACAAUCCUUUUCCCAUCUUAUCUCAGAGUCCACCGCUCAGCCAUCCCCACCAUUUCAAGCAAAGCUUGGGCUCACCCUCCAUCUCCAGCUGCCAGACACCCUCACCACCUUCUUUCUCAGAGUCCCCCUCAUUCUCCUCUGCUCCUUCUUCAUCUCCCUCUUCCUCCACGGCUCACAGCCCAUAUCGACUGCCUCCAGACAGCUCAUUUACAUGCCAGCACCGUUUUCUAGACACAGCUGAGAGCCUGAAUCAGUUGGGCCUGUUGGCCAUCACGCUUCGCACAAAGGAGCUGCUGAAGCAGAAUGCCGCCACAGAGAGAGAAAUUGCCCAACUACGUCAACACACCCAUCUUCUGUGCCAGGUGGCCAAGACCGGCCAUAGCAGGUGUAGCAAUGGCUCAGGGAGUCUCAACAAACUCCUGCAGGCCUUGUCCAAGUCACCCUCCUACCCCAACUUAGACUUCAAUCAACUGAAAACGCUGAGUAGCAGCCGUCAACAGGGCAAAGCCAGAACACAGGAAGACAGAGAAAAAGAUAACAUAAAAACCACAAAGACACAUAGCAACCCACUGCAGGACGUUUCUUUACACAAGUUAGAUGAUGGAACAUCACCCCCCUCUCCGCUGUUUGCCCCCUCACCAGACACAGAAGAGACACAGCAUGCUGAUGAUCCCCUGAAUCUCAUGUCCACCUCUUUGACUUUUCCCAGGUCUAUCCCUGAACAGCGACACAGACAAACAGUCAUGGACUAGGAAUUAAGUUAUCUCACUAUGUUGCCAGAGAGCUCAACGCACAAUGACUAUCUCUUCUAGCCUCCUGGAGAAAAGGAUGGCAGGGCAAUAUAAACCUAGAUAUAGAAGAGAGCAUGGGUUUUGUUUGAAUUGUUUUACAUAUCUGUGUUAAACCGGAUAUAACUGGUUGAAUGGAUAGACAGAUGAUUUUGCUGUACACAAAUGCUUCAAAGUUGCUGGUAUAUUUUCCUACUGUUCGGUCAGAGAUUUACUCUUAUUUGAUGUGCUUUUUCCGCAUAUACACAUGUGUUUGUCAUUUAGGUGGUCAAAUUCUAACUCAGAGAUGGAUGUUCUUGGUACGACAAGAAGCAGCGAGCCUAGCUAAACAUGUUUACAGAGAAACAGAGAACAUGAGUUACACUGUUGUAAUCAUCACUCAGGUCUCCUCUUGAAAUUCAUAUGCUGAUGAAAAUAUUUAGCUUUGCAGAGAGAGGAAAAUAUUACUUCACACAAUAGCUGUUAAAGCUUACAGGAGUUAUCCAAGUAGUUUAUAGUUGCUUUGGCUCUAUUUCCACAAAGAGUUUCAGUGUGUAAAUGGGACAUUAUUACACACAAUUCCAGCUCUAAUGUUUGGUUCUGGGACCCCUCUAGAGUAGCUCUGAUUAUAAAAGGCAAUAUUAGCACAGGCCUCCUUAAGAUGCUUCCUUGCUGAACGUCCUGAACUAAGUAACUAGUAACUAAAACUAAGUAACUGAGCCUGAAUCUGAUCCAGAAUGUUAGAGUGGGCAGAGCAAAGGUUACAAUAGGAUGUCUAUGUUCUCUAAAAAUUACACCUAUUACCUGCUUAUUUUGGAACAUAACAGUGGAUUUAGUCUUUCAGUCUUAAUCCGUAUAUAAAAUGGUAAUUCAGCAAAAAUUUGGACUGAAGUGAAAAAUGUCAGGAAAUACUAAAGCUUAUGUUGCUUGUAAAAUGUAAUAGUGUUGUUGCCAAAUGAAUGUAUUGUAUACCUUGACUGUCGACUUAUUUGUCUGAUGAAGUACAUUAAACACUUGUAGUACUACACAA